UUAAGAAAGUGGCCGAACUCUUUAAAUAGCGGGCGCUAGGGCCGCAGCUUUCGUCUGCCACCGCAGUCUGGCCGUAGUCGUGAGCUCUCCAGAUCCCUUGGCAAGGCCUAAAGAGGCCCGGUGGAAAGCUCGGCCUGGUCCGCUGCUUGAGCUACGGUUUGCGCACAAAGGCGCCGACCUCGGGUCCGGGGCGAGAAGAGCGGCCGUCGCCCGGGAGCAGCGCGGAGACGUACGGUGCGCCCUAUGCCCCCGCGCCCCCACCGCCCCCGCCGCGGCAGCCGGAGCGCACUAAGAGGAGGCGCCACCGCGGGGUCUGGGUGCAGCUAGCGACUCUUGUCCCCAGCGCGCAGCUCGAGGUGAGCAGUGAGCGGCGAGCGGGACGGCAGCGAGGCGAUCGCGGGUCCCCUCCUGCUGCCCGGGCCCGGCGCGCUCAUGGCGGCCAUCCGCAAGAAGCUGGUGGUGGUGGGCGAUGGCGCGUGCGGCAAGACGUGCCUGCUGAUCGUGUUCAGUAAGGACGAGUUCCCCGAGGUGUACGUGCCCACUGUCUUCGAGAACUAUGUGGCCGACAUCGAGGUGGACGGCAAGCAGGUGGAGCUGGCGCUGUGGGAUACGGCGGGUCAGGAGGACUACGACCGCCUGCGGCCGCUCUCCUACCCGGACACCGACGUGAUUCUCAUGUGCUUCUCGGUGGACAGCCCGGAUUCGCUGGAGAACAUCCCCGAGAAGUGGGUGCCCGAGGUGAAGCACUUCUGCCCCAACGUGCCCAUCAUCCUGGUGGCCAACAAGAAAGACCUGCGCAGUGACGAGCACGUCCGCACCGAGCUGGCCCGCAUGAAGCAGGAACCCGUGCGCACUGAUGACGGCCGCGCCAUGGCCAUGCGCAUCCAAGCCUACGACUACCUCGAGUGCUCGGCCAAGACCAAGGAGGGCGUGCGCGAGGUCUUCGAGACAGCCACGCGCGCCGCGCUGCAGAAGCGCUACGGCUCCCAGAACGGCUGCAUCAACUGCUGCAAGGUGCUAUGAGGACCUCGCCCGCCCGCCUGCCUGCCCGCCCCUGCCGGCAUGGCCCCGCCUCCCGGGCCAGUCUUCCCAAGGACCCCACCGGACUGCCUGGAGUCUGCCUUCCCACCCGGCAGCCAUCGCCUGGCGGCUGUGGCUCUGGCGCCGGGAAUCGGCGUGGGAGGCACCGGGCGCCCCUUUUCCAGUGUCUGUGUGCGUCCGGCUGUGUUGCACAGGCCCAGGCGCCCCACUGAGUGCCAAGGGUCCCCUGAGCACCCUUUUCAGAAGAGCCAAGCCUCUUCAGAGUGUGUGGCUGUGUGUAGGUUUCGACUCCUCCUCCCUAACCGCCCCCCUCUUCCCCGGUCCCCAAGAGGAGUUUGGCUCGGGGUGCUGCCGCGCCCCAUGAAAUGUUCGCCCAUAACCAGCGAGCUCCUGCUAUCUCUUGUCUGUAACAUAGACCACGGGAACUGCGGGAGGGGGGUGGGGCUGGGGAGGGUAGGGUGUUAUAUAAAUAUAGAUUUAAUUUUAUUUUCGGAGGUAGGAUGGUGUUAUUUAAUGGUGGUGGUGGGUGGAGUGACAGGGCGUGGACCAGCCCUAGCCUGGGUCAGGCGCCCAUCCAAGCGUGAACAGGACUUGGUCGCCUUUCCAGCCCGUGGGGAAGACGGCUGCAACUGACUUGGGGCUGAGAGGACACAGCUUCCAGAUUGACGUCUCCUGCACGCCAGCCUCCAGCGAACCCCUCACCAGCUGUGGGCAGGAGGAGGGAGAGUGUGCUGCGGGGCGUGUUUUGCCAUAAGCGAACUUUGUGCCUGUCCUACAAGUGAAAAUUGUUCAGUCCAAGAAACUGAUGUUAUUUGAUUUAUUUAAAGGCUAAAACUUGUUGGGUUUUUUUUUUUUUGAAAGAAUUCUUUGCACAAUUGUUUCAUCGUUUGACACUUAAUGCACUUGUCAUUUGCAUAAGACAGUAGCAUUCUGACCACACUUGUACGCUGUAACCUCAUCUACUGAUGUUUUAAGGAAAAAUGAUGAUGACUUUUAAAAUAUGAGAGGAAAAAAAAACCACUAAUUUUUUUUAAAGUGGCAACACUGUUUUGCGAUUUUAUUUGUGCAGGUAUGCACACUAUUUUAAUAAAGGGCAGUAACAAGUUUUGGGGCCUCUUUAAAACCCCCUCCCCCUUUUUUUUUUUCACAAGGCAGUAUCUAAAGCUAUGUGAAAUUUUCUCUGCAUUUCUGUACAGAGAAUGAACCUGCCCCUAGCCUCCUUCCUCUCCCUCCCUUCCCCACCCAGUGGUACUUCUACUAAAUUGUUGUCUUGGUUGUUUUUUAUUUUUUAAAUAAAAUGACAAAUGACAAAGUGGUGAGCUUAUGAUGUUUACAUAAAAGUUCUAUAAGCUGUGUAUACAGUUUUUUAUGUAAAAUAUUAAAAAAUUAUGCUGAUGACAUUUAUAAAA